UCUGUCCAGGUCUCUCUGUAGACCCCUCCUACCUACCCUCACACAGAUCAACAUUUCCACCCAACUUAGUGUCAUCUAGCCAUUUUUUUACUCAUCUAAGAUUUUUUCCAUGAUGUUCUCAAGGUCCUCAUUCCCAUAUUCUGGAGCUGGUGAGACAUUGGGAGUGCAAAUAUUCUCCAAACUCCAGCACUGUGAUUACUGCUGCUGUGCGCCAUAUAACCUUUUUUGUUUCCAGAUGUAUAUAGAUACUCACAUGUGACAUAACAGUGACAUGUCUCACAUAAUGACAUGUUUAUCAAAAGCCCCAGACAAUGUGCUCUGACUCAUGGAAGCUCAACAUUAUUGCUGCUAAGGCCACACUGUCUUAAAACCUUGUUCACUGUUUGAGUCAGUUACUGUGUGACCACAGACUGAUCUCAGUCCAGCAAGGGAUUAUCCAGUGUGGUCCUCCUCCCAUGGGUACAAACUCAGUGCAGACACUGUACUUGCCCCCAGGGAACCUGGUGGGUGACACCACGACUCUCUCCCAGGGAAAGGAUCUGGAUAUCUGGAUUUGAGGGAAGUUACGGCUUCUGGGAAGGUCUCAUCUUGCAGAAAGGAUUCAGCAGGAGUGUGUGGCCAGUCUCAAAGCUGAGGGGUGGCUUCUUCAGGUUUGUUCACUGCCUAUGCCAGUCCUCUGGAUAAUGGAAUGUGUGUGCAGGUGGUGUAGGAUCCCAACCCUGAAUGUGGUGAGUAUCUUGAAUCCAGGAUUUUGUUCAAGGUUAUUGUGGUUUGGUUAAGGUGUGUUGAGUAUUUUCCUACAGAAGGCUGGCAGAAGCCAUAAUGACAUAAUGGAUUAUUUUGCUACAGAGAUUGCACAACACUUAUCAUUGUGAAAUGUGUUAUUGUGAGAAGUGAGUCAAGCAUACAGAAAGCAAUCCUAUGUAAGUCCACCCAUUACCCACAUACCAACUCACUCUGUAUAAAAACAGGGCUGCGUGUAACCACCGAUAACAAUAAACACUUCGAGGGUAGUGCAGAAAAAACCCUUUCCUUACCUGACUGCUGAGUCAGAACCAAAGAAGGUAAGAAACUUGGGUGCCAGAUACAAGUGAUUUUUGUGCACGUGCAGCUUUAGCUUCAAGAUAUCUGCCGGAGUGAUCUGUGGAUAGAAGAAAGCACACUGUAAUAGGCAAAAUCUAGAAACUGUGUGUCCUAUUCACGACAGUCUUCCUACUGAGACCUUUGGGGACCAGAGAUCUUUGGCGCUUGGUUAUUAAGUGGUGGGUAUGCUGAUGGUUCUGCUCAGACAACCAGCUUUCCCCGCAGCUCCCCCCUAGGAUAUGCAGUAGCCCCCAAAGUCCCCUUGCUACUCCAAGCUGUGCUGUGCUGAGCUGUGGUGGCUCAGGUAUUAUCCAUGCUAGGGCCUACAUCUCCCAGCACCUCAUGCCCUUGAGUUUGGGCAGGAAUGUGUCCAUGCUGGUCUCUGCUGAGAUUUCCCAAAUUUUGUUUUUCUUCUGGGACCCAUGCUUGCCUUGAACUGAGUUACUACAGCAAUAAUAUGCCUGAUUGUUUUGUAUAUCUGGUAAGUAAUGUGUUUUUUCAGCUGCAGCACAGUGGUGGCUUUUCAGUGACUUCCCUGCUGUUGCUGUGAGGCAGAAUUGCUCAAUGCUGGCAGCUCUCUUGCCUUUGAUACUGAGUCUUUCCGGACAUGGGUGUAAUCUUUUAGCUACCCUGGGGAAUUCCCAGCUUUUGUGCAAGACUUCCUCUUUUUAAAGCCCACUGCCUUUGCCUGCCUGCCACCUCCUCUUAGUUGAUUUCAGGCUGCAGACAUGGGGCUUCCUAAAACUUGAGCCUCUGCUGUGCUUUUGGUGCUUUCUGCUCUGCAGGCCUGUGCCCUGAGCACAGAUGUUGCAGCCAUCUGUGAGCACAAUGACAUUUUAGAAUCAUAAACUUGAUGAAGUGUUGGCUUCUCCUGAGGAGGCCUUGGUGCUGAUGGAGAAGAAUCAUUCUUUUGGGUGACACUACAUAGUAAAGAGGAAGAUUUUUCAAGGAGGGAAAAAGUUUUUUAAAAUUUAUUUCUUCUAAGUGCUAAAUGACAAGUCAGGUUAUGUCCCUUUACCCUCACUAAAGUAUCACAGGUCCUAACUAAGGUUUUUCUAGGGAUCAUCUAAAACUAUAGUAGCAAUAGUCUAUUUACAAAAUACUAUGCUAAAAAUUUAUUUCCAUGAGAAAAAAUAGUGCUUUUCAUGAGCAAUUUCAAGUUGCUUAUUGUACAAAAACUUCCUUUUGAAAGGACCAUAGUAAGGAAAAAAUUGUGUUGUCAAAUUCUUUCUCAAAAAACAAGCAAGUCUGUUAGCUCUAGGCAGAGAGGUCAAGGGAUAGUUUAUACUGCAGUGUGAGCCCAGUGGAGAGGAUGCUCUCAAGGCACCCACUUGAUCUGUAAUAAGCCAUUGGCCAAAAGCAGGAGGUAUGGCAGGACCAUGUCUCAUAAGCAUUGCUGAAUUAUCUGCUCUUGGAAGCAAGAGGGCUGUACCCCACACAGGUAUCUGUCUUCAGAAGCGGCUGAAGUUUUCACUGACAGCAGCCACGUGCAGUAUGGUGAUAUGGAGUAGCAUAUCCUAACCAGGGGAGUCUGGGCUUGCCCCAAGAUGGGUUUAAAAGUGUGGAGAGGGAUGCGCAAAUGAAAUGUGUAAGUGCUCCUUCCAAUGAACCCCUUGUAGAUUAACAUGGCUUCUGACAAGCUCUCUUAGCCUUUUGUUCUACUUUUAUUUAAAACUUUUCAUAUUGGAAACAAGAUCAAAUUCCUAGGAAAGCUUUGGCUUUUUGGCAGAAAUCUUCUCAGAUUACUCAACAGAAGAUUAUUGCCAAAGCAAACCUAUUAGUCUUUACUUCUCCUCUUUCUCUCUAGUUUAUAUUCCCCAUGCUGAUCCAGGAGCUGGGAGGCUGCAGCCAUGCUCCCUUCCCAGGCUCUCCUGCCCACUGUGAUGCUGGCACUCGCAGCCCUUCAGGCCCUCGCCUCCGACACCUUCCUGGCAGCUGUCUACGAGCACGCCGUCAUCCUGCCGCAUCCCACCGAGGAGCCCAUUUCUCCCAGCGAUGCUUUGGCCCUGAUGAACAAAAACAUGGAUGUCCUGGAAGGGGCCAUCAAGGAAGCCGCCCAGCAGGGUGCCCACAUCAUUGUGACUCCUGAAGAUGGCAUCUAUGGCUGGCGAUUCACAAGAGAAUCCAUCUACCCCUACCUGGAGGAUAUCCCUGAUCCGGUGGUGAAUUGGAUUCCCUGCACUGACCCCUCAAGAUUUGGUCCGGCACCAGUGCAGGAACGACUCAGCUGCAUGGCCAGAAAUAAUUCCAUCUAUGUGGUUGCAAAUAUUGGGGACAAGAAGCCGUGUGACUCCAGCGAUCCCAACUGCCCUGGGGAUGGUUGGUACCACUACAAUACGGAUGUGGUCUUUGAUGCACAGGGGAAACUGGUGGCUCGGUACCAUAAGUACAAUCUGUUUAGAGGUGAAACGCAGUUUAAUUAUCCAAAAGAGCCAGAAGCUGUCACCUUUGAGACUCCUUUUGGGAAGUUUGGCAUUUUCACUUGCUUUGACAUCCUUUUCUAUGAGCCUGCCGUGGUCCUGGUGAGCAAGAUGCAGGUGGACACCGUGCUCUUCCCAACAGCUUGGAUGAAUGUUUUGCCCUUUCUGACUGCAAUUGAGUUUAACUCUGCCUGGGCCAUGGGCAUGCGUGUUAAUUUACUUUCUGCAAAUACUCACAAUACCACCAUGGCAAUGACAGGCAGUGGGCUGUUCACACCAGAAGGACCUGCUGCCUACCACUACGACAGUGCCACCGAGGAGGGACGUCUCCUGCUAGCAGAGUUGAGUGCACACCCCCGUCUUUCCCCCACUUAUCCUCCUGCCAUCAACUGGAGUUUGUAUGCCACGAGCAUCAAGGAAUUUCCUGGAGAAAACGACACUUUCUCGGGAGCUGUCCGGAAGGAUAUAUUCACUUUCAGAGAACUCAAGCACAAGGAUGGAAAUUGCACAGUUUGUCAAGGAGACCUUUGCUGUCAUCUGGUUUACCAGAUGUCAAACAAGACGAGAGAUGAAGUUUAUGUCCUGGGUGCAUUUGAUGGGCUUCACGGUUCUCUCAUAAAAUACCAUUGGCAGAUCUGCACUCUGCUCAAGUGCCCCAGCACAAACCUGAGCACAUGUGGGCAGCCCGUGGAGACGGCUCAGACCAAGUUUGAGAUGUUCUCCCUCAGUGGCACGUUUGGCACCAGCUACGUCUUCCCAGAAGUGCUGUACAGCGGGGUGCAGCUGGCCCCUGGGGAGUUCGAGGUGCUACGUGACGGGCGUUUGAAAAGCAAGCAUGGCACUUCAAAACCGCUCAUUACAGUGACACUUUUUGGAAGGCCUUAUGAGAAGGACCAGCCACAUCCUCUGCGAAUUUCCCUGUAAAGUAUCUCCUUAGGAGUUAUACACUCACCAGAGACAGGAGGGGAGUUUCCUCCUGAGCCGUAGCAGUUACCUUGUAUGAUUCCUAUUCUGCAAUACUGCACUUCUGCUCAGCACCUGUGGCAAUUGGGCUUAUUUGGGACAAAAUUAUGUGUUCACCCUGGUGUGAGUGCCUUUUUAAUAGGGCUUGAGCCAGUGCAAUUAUUUUUUAGUAAGCAUGAUCUGUCACGUGAAACUUUUAAUCAGAAUUCUUUUUCCCCCUAUCAUAUAGAUUGCUAGGAUUACAGCAGAAAGAAGACUGAUAUGAAUAUCUGUGAAAUGUGGUUUGUCAUUUUAUUGGAGAAUAAAUUCUCUCCAAGAAAGUCUUUCUGUCCCUUUUGCCCUUUACUGUUUUUCAGACUGUGUAAUCAUUACGUUUCUGUAUUUUUCAGCCUUACAGCCCAAUCAACAGGGCCUACUUAACACUCAAUGAGUCUUGGCCCCAUUCUGACCAAGGUACUGUAAAAUAAAGAGAAAACCAGAUUUUAAAAUCUUAGGUGCAAUCUUAGAGAGAGAAAGUGGUCCUCCACAGCCCACCCAGGUGUUGGGUCUGGCUAAGAUAAGAUACAGCACAUCCAGUUCUGCAGUCCCUCUGAUUUUGCAUCUCUUUGUAUGUGGCAGAUGGGUGUUGCGCCCAGAGCACUUCACAUCCAACUUGCCAUAUACAACACAGUACUCCAACACCUUCUCCUGGGUAUAUGGAUAAUUACUUCAAAACUGUUAAGAUAUAUGAAAUAGGCAAUCUUUUAGCACCUGAAACACAUUUCACCUUGUAGUGUGAGAAAUGAGCCUUAUUUUGGAUUUCUAGCAGUGAUAUAUCAAACUUUGCAGCCCUGGGCCCCAUU